AUGGUAUCUACUACUAUUGAUACGUUCACUUCUCCACCACCCAAGACCAAUUCAUCGUUAUCAGCUUCAUCGUUAAUUGUCAGUUUAUCUUCGUCACUUUCAUCGUCAAAUCAAAAUUUAAAAUCAACAGAUCAAGAGAAUGAUGAACAAUGCCAAUCAACAUUACUGACAAGGAUAACACCAUCAACAUUACCAACGGAUAUUAGUCGCUCCAAGAAUGAAUCACCUAAUAAAUUUGGUAUACCUAAAACGGGUCGAAAAAUCUUGAGGGCUGAGCCCUACCUAGCCCAAAAUCCUGGUUCCGCCACUGAGCACAAUAUCAAAAAUUAUUAA